AUGGCUGCAGACGCUGCAGAUGCGGGGGAAAAGAUCUCCAUCGUUGUCGAAUUCUCCGGCGGCCUGGAGAUGCUCUUCUCUGAUCAGCGGCGCCAUGCUCUCUCCAUCCCGGCGGUGAACAAGGACGGCAAGCCCGCAACGAUUGCUUUUCUCAUCGACUAUCUCUGCGAGAACACGAUGAAGGAUUCGAGGAAGGAGCUUUUCGUCCUCGAUGGUCACCUUCGACCUGGUAUCCUUGCUCUCAUCAACGACGCAGACUGGGAACUCGAGGGGGAGGAGGCGUACGAGGUCCAAAGCGGUGACAACAUCCUUUUCGUCUCGACGCUUCAUGGAGGUUAG